CACAGGGAAUAAUAACUUGCAGGGAGAAAUGAUACCUAUGAUAGAAAACAAAGUUUUUUCUCCAUCGAAUGUUGUUGUGUGUCCUCUUAAUUCAUAACCCCUGCCGGAAAUAAGAAAUAUUUCAGCAAUCUGUGCACAGGAAAGAGGCUCUCCGAAGGAACACGGAAGACCUUGUGAACGUACUUCAUGUGGAUUGGUGAGAUUUUUUUGCAGAGAGAGGGCGAGAGAGAGAGAGAGUCUAGAAAAUAUUUAGCCCUGUUUGCUUGAGAUUUCAACAUACGUUCUGUAGGAAGUGUAAACAUAGGGAUUAUCUGAGUGCUCUGUAACAACAUUCGCUGAUUUUGCUGCUGUUGCUGAAAUCGAUGGACAAUCUAUGUUUAUUGAUUGGUGGAAGUAAAAUAAUCCGUGAACGGGGUGAGAAGGAGUGAAUCUUCGGUGAAUAUGCAUUAUAUUUUGUGAGUGAUUGACAUUCUCCAUCGAUACUUAAGCAGGGACCUUACUCUAUCAAUACUUUAAUUUGAUUGGACGGCGCCCUAGUCAAAACUGUAGUCUUGGAUACGCCAGAAUCUGUAUUAACAUAUCUAUAAUUGCGUCGAGGUGUAUCAAAAAUACAUUUGAAAUGUGAAUGCUUUCUGCUUAUUCAACAGCAUCCACGAAUGUGAUAUCUCGCUGAGACCUCAACUAUAGGUUGACUUUUAACGAGCAAAGUAUCGUACAUCAAGGAAGAAAAUUCAGACUUUAAAAUUUUGUGUUCAUGUAGUUUUGUUUCCGGUUAAAAAAAUCAAAGGUGAAGAGUGUGAAACUUAAUAUUGAAUGAACCGUCAAGUAGAAUUGGAGGUGAAAUCAAUGGUGUAGGGUUAUAAUUAUUCUCUUGGCCUUUUCACGAUUAUACUAACCCAGGGAUUGCGAAGAGACCGUUAGUGGUCAAAGGAGAAUUGAUUUCCGUUGAUUCAAUGAAGAAAUAGUGUCCAUCUCCGCACAUAUACAUCAUGUCUGAUUCGGCAGAGUCCUUUCCAGAUAUUUUGGAGUUAAAUAUCGGUGGUGUGUUCUACACAACGGCUUUGGCCACCGUCAAAAGAGAAGGCGAGUCCUUGCUGGGACAGAUAUUCAAUGGCAGUUCCAAGGUCACAGUUGCGAAGGACUCGAAAGGUAAAUACUUUAUUGACAGAGAUGGGGUCUUAUUCAGAUACGUUCUUGACUAUCUCAGAAACCAGAAAAUCGUUUUACCGGAAAAUUUUCACGAAAAGGAAAGACUCAAACAAGAGGCCGAAUAUUAUCAACUCCCCAACUUAGUGAAGAUGUUGAAUUCUGCAAUUAUGUCCCCACCUAAGCUUGGACAACUUCAACAUUCGAAAGUUCCGCCUAUAUCUAACAGUAAUUCCAUUUCACCCGUCAGUAUGGAAGGGAAGACACCCGGUUAUAUUACGGUUGGAUACAGAGGGACUUUUGCAUUUGGUCGCGAUGGAUUAGCAGACGUCAAAUUUCGUAAAAUGAGUCGUAUCAUUAUUUGUGGAAAGGUUUCCAUCUGUCGCGAAGUAUUCAAGGAUACUCUGAACGAAAGCCGCGACCCAGACCGAGGUGAGUCGGACAGAUACACUGUCCGCUUUUUCUUGAAGCACAAUUUUCUGGAACAAGCCUUUGACAUGUUGGCCGACGAGGGUUUCAAAAUGGUCGGGUCCUGUGGCUCGGGCACAAACAACGCCGGGGAGGUGAAAGCAGGGAUGGAUACGGAGGAGGCUCGUUGGCAGCACUACAAUGAGUUUAUUUUUGAGAGAAGAUAAAAUAAAGUAGUUCGAACUUUUACUUACUGUUUAAAAAAGUGUCAUCGAAGCUAUGUCAAUUUUAAUGUGAUUUUAUUUCUAUAAUGUGAGUUUAUAAAAAAAAAUGUGUGUGCGAACAAUUGGAUACUAAUUCCCCUCGGACAGAACGAUUGUUGGCGAUGAGGUACUGAUUUCCGGAUGAUUGUCGCAGAUAUUAAUAUCUAGCAUCUGCUGUCUGUGAUAGAUUCAUUUUAAUCAGACGGAAGCCUAUGUCGUCUGCUAAUUAAAUCGUCAAUGUAUUAGAUUUAUCUUGACAAAUCUGGCCUUUUUUGUUGCUGAUAAAAAGCACUGUACGUUACCAGAUCAUGCAUUCAAUAAUGAUUUGUCAAUUUAUCAUAUGCACGAGAUUGUAUGGAAACCUAGCUCGUAUUGGAAAAUAAAGUACCUUAAUAUGUAAA